AUGUCUAGCCCUUCUCAUUUCAAUGUCUCAAAGUCUUCUUCAUCUUCAGCUCUUGCCUCAACGAAGAUCAAAAAACAUAUCCACACUCUCAUAGUUUCUAGCAUGUGCCGUAUGCUUCGUGCACUAUCCAAAGUCAAAUCUACUUUAAUUCACACUCUUAGAGACAAAAAACCCAAUAUUAACUUCCCUUAUCCUUCAAAUAAAAAACAUUGCAACAAGAGAAAAAAGAUUAUCAUGGGCUCAUUUAGGCUUCGCUAUAAUUGGUCUUCAAGAUCUAAUUCUCAUGUUAUGCCGGUUCCAUCUCGAGUUUAUGAAGGGUAUUUGCAGUGGCUUGAGGAGGGUAAUGAUAUUGAUGGUGAUGAAAAUAAGAGGAAUGAAAAGGAUGAAGGGAUUAUUAAGGAUGUUGAUAGGUUGGCAGAAAUGUUCAUUGCAAAUUGUCAUGAAAAAUUCAAGGUUGAAAUGGAGGAGUCUUGUAGGAGGUAUCAAGAAAUGUUGGCAAGGAGUUUGUGA